AUGACUGCAAUCAUCAAGCCCAUCGAGGCGAAAUCUGUGCACCAGAUCCAGUCUGGCCAGGUCAUCGUUGAUUUGUGCUCUGUUGUGAAGGAAUUAGUCGAAAAUGCGCUCGAUGCUGAAGCAAGUUCGAUCGAAGUGCGCCUCAAGAACUAUGGUUUAGACGCUAUUGAGGUCCAGGACAAUGGUAUUGGAAUUGCCGAAGCGAACUACGAAGGACUUGCACUAAAACAUUAUACAUCUAAACUAUCAACUUUUGAUGACUUAUCGCAGCUGAAUACCUUUGGCUUCCGGGGAGAGGCGCUUUCGUCCUUGUCUGCCCUGUCUACGUUGACGGUAGUAACUGCAGAAGCUCAUGAAGUGCCGAAAGGAAAUAGACUCGAAUUCGAGGUCUCCGCUGCACAGAAAGGUACUACGGUGUCAGUGGAGAAUCUCUUCUCAAGGCUUCCUGUGCGGCAGAAAGAAUUGAGCAAGAACAUCAAGAGAGAAUAUGGCAAAGUCGUGGGUCUGCUGCAAGCUUACGCUUGCAUCUCAACUAAGGUCAAAUUCACGAUAAAAAAUGCCAUGUCUAAAGGUCAUAGUUCGGUUGUUUUCUCGACGAAGGGAAACGCGACAAUCCGAGAGAACAUUGCGAAUAUCUAUAGCGCCAAAAUGUUGUCGCAACUUGUCGAACUUGACCUUGAGCUCGAUCUUCCACCAACUGCAGUGCAGCCCGGCAGCCAUGUUGGCUCUGGAACGAAGGUCAAUGUCAUUGGCCAUAUUUCGAAACCUGUCUUUGGCGAAGGACGACAGACACCAGAUCGUCAGAUGUUCUUCGUAAAUGGUAGACCGUGCGGUCUGCCUCAGUUUGGCAAAGCAAUCAACGAAACCUACAAAUCCUACAACGUGUCGCAGUCACCGUUCAUAUGUGCAGAUUUCCGUAUGGACACGAAUAGUUACGAUGUGAAUGUUUCGCCUGACAAAAGGACUAUUUUCUUGCAUAACGCCUCUGCACUUACGGAUCGACUCAAAGAAGAACUUACCAAGAAAUUUGAUGACAUCGAGCAUACUGUACCACAAUCUCAGCUUCAAAACAUAAAGCUGCCUUCCUUUCGUCAAUUGACAGUAUCGAGGGCUUCCUCUAAGGAUGAAGAUGCUAGCAUUCCAUCUUUUUCAAGAACUUCAACUAUGUCUCUCGAGCCCGACGGUGUAGCUCGAGGUCCUGAAGAUGUCCGGUGGGGAGACCAGGCCCUGGAAGACGUCGGGGCUAGCCCCGGAAGUCUGCUGAGAACACAUUUUCAGGGUAUUACGAGCACAAGGGAAGAGGAACCACGGAUGAGAAAAGCCCCUAAUCCGGCGAAGGCUCAGCAGGCCCAGGAGAAGCAGGCUGAAAGGAUUGCAAAGCCAUUAAGGGAGCAACGACUAGUAUUGAAUGGUGUCGAUGAGUAUGAUGAUGUUCGAGAGCUUAAUGUAUCCAGACUUACAGCUGAAGCCACAGACGAAGAGGAAGAAGAAGAAGAAGAAAGUGUAGCCGAUGUUCAUGUUCGUGACUUCAAUGCCAGGAUACUGUCGCAACAAGCUAAAAAUCCGGAACACAGCAUGAUUCCAUCACGUACUGGAACACUCCAGGAAGAGCGCAUCCAGGACGUUGGCGUUGUACGGAAUGCGUUCGACAGGAUGCGCCCAAGGCGAACGUCCCCUGAGCUUGCCACCAUCACGAUUGGUGAUAGAGUCAUAACCAGAAUGGUAGGCACUCCAAAAUCCAAUGUCCACUCACCUACCAGCAGAGACGACACUAUAGUGAGCAAACCUUUGUCACAAUUCUCGCAAAGCCUGCGCAAAUUCAACCCAAGCUUUAAAGACGAUAAUGAAGAUGCAGUUGGAGGCACAAUACUCGACCUGCAGGAUGAGAACACAGAAUUAGAGGAUGGAGACAAAUCUGACGAGAGAGACCCUGUCGAAAACAGGUACGAAUCCGUGGGUACAACGCUCGAUAGAUCCUCGUCCACUCCGCUGAACAGAAACACUGCCAAUGUACACCCUACUGAGUCACAAUCAGUCGCUCAAGAAAGGACGAAGAACAUCGAAGAGAAUGCUGGCAGAACACAAGAGGAAUAUCGAGUUGCGGAAUUGAUACGCCUAGCAGAAAGUACAAGUUAUGUUAACAGCAAGGAACAACACAGGCGAGCAGCUCAAGCAUUCAAAGGAAGCUCCAAGGACAUGACCACAAAUUUGGUUGCAACAUUGGAUACAGACAUCGACGAAUUAAGAAAGCAAGCGAUAGUACUGAGCAACGAAACUCGCGCCAGAAAAAGUUUACCUUGGAUUGCCUCUAACGACGAGCACCAUAACGUAGGAGACGAAGAACGUCUCUCCCUCACCAUCUCCAAGUCCGACUUCGCCAAAAUGCACGUCGCAGGUCAAUUCAACCUAGGCUUCAUCAUCGCCCUCCGCCACAAAAACGCCCACACGCACGACAACGCAGCAAGGCAGAAAAAGGACGAGCUAUUCAUCAUCGACCAACACGCUUCCGACGAGAAAUACAAUUUCGAGAGACUACAAGCAGAGACAGUAGUCAGUAAUCAGAGGUUAGUGCAUCCAGUUACACUAGACCUAACCGCAGUCGAGGAAGAGAUCGUGCUAGAGAAUAGUGCAGCCCUGCAACAGAACGGGUUCAUCAUCGAGACAGAUACAUCAGGCGACUCGCAGGUCGGACGGAGAUGUCAAUUGCUCAGUUUGCCGUUGAGCAAAGAAGUCACGUUCAACACCAAGGACCUCGAAGAGCUUAUUCAUUUGCUUUCCGAGAGCCAUAUCACAGCAGAUUCGCGGUACGUGCCCCGACCCAGCAAGGUGCGCAAGAUGUUUGCAAUGCGAGCUUGUAGGUCUAGUAUCAUGAUUGGGAAGACGUUGUCGAUGAGGCAGAUGAGGGCGGUGCUUGAGCAUAUGGGGAGGAUUGAUAAGCCGUGGAACUGUCCUCAUGGUCGGCCGACAAUGCGGCAUUUGAUCAGCUUGAAUGAUCUGGAUGGGAGGAUGUGGGAGGAAGGAGAUGGACUUGUUGAUGAGGCGGAGGAGUCUGCAAGACGUACGUCCGAUGCGUUGAUGUGGCAGAGAUAUCUUGCAUAA